GACUACGCAACAAUACAAGAGAAGCCAAGGAACUGUAGUAUCAAUUGACCCAAGCAGUGGGCCUUGUUGGCAACACUCGGCACAAGCAGUAUACUUGGUAUGAAUGGUAUACUUGGCACGUAUACUUGGUACAAUUGGUAUACUUGGCAUGUAUACCUGGUACAAUUGGUAUACUUGGUACAAUCAGUAUACUUGGCACAGUCAGUAUACUCAGCACAGUCAGUAUACUUGGCAUGGUCAGUAUACUCAACACAAUCAGUAUACUUGGCAUGGUCAGUAUACUCAACACAAUCAGUAUACUUGGUACAAUCAGUAUACUCAGUACCGAGCAAUCCAAGCAAUCUGAGCAAUCCUCUGCUCAUGUAUAUAGCAAGUAGACACGCUGCCCUUAUGGCAUCGUGUUCAACCUUGUCAAUCAACUUUGUUAUUGGAAUCUCACUUGCUCUUGAGCCAGACUGUGAGAGGGGGCCAGCUGGGGAUACCAACUGCUCUCUGAGAUGGAAGGAUUGGUGGAAAGAUGGUUCAGGCUUGUUGGAGAUAAGGGUGUAGAAGAGACCAAGUGUGGGGAUACCACAAGUGGUAAAAAGGAUAAGUGAUAAAGAAGGGAUCAAGUGUGGGGAUACCACAUAGGAUCAGUAAGGAGUGAGUUGAGGAAUGAAGGUUGAAGUAUUGAAUUGAGUUGCAAGCAUGAGUGAGAACUAUCUAGAGGUGGGAAGAAGGGGGUUCAUAUA